CCGCGCUUCUGCCACCGCCCAGAGCCCGAGGCCAGCCCUCCGGAAGAGCGCGUCCCGUUCCCGCUGACCGUUGGCCGCCAUACCGGUGUCCACAGCGGCCCCUCCGCGCCUGCCCUCCCUGCCCCUCCCCGGCUCGGAUCCCCGCAGCGCCCCGCCGAGCCGGGGAGGGGCCGCACUCCUGCGCGGCGCCCGGAGGCUGCAGGGGGUGCGUGGUCGGCCCGCCCCGAGGGGCGUGAGCAGGGGCGGAGCCGCGGACUUCGGACUCCAGGCCCAGCUGAGCCCCGCCGCGUCUGGAAAUGGCGAUGCCGGCUUUCUGGCUCGAGGUGCGAGACACCUGCACCUCCAUGGGCCUGAUGAUGUCGGUGGUGCUGCUCGUGGGGGCGGCCCGCGUGUAUGUGCGGCAGCAUGUGCAGAGGGCCGCGCUGCACGCCUUCCUGCUGGAGCUGCUGGCCACCUUCCAGCUGUGCCUCUGCACGCACGAGCUGCAGCUGCUGAGCGAGCAGGAGCCCCCGCACUCUAGCUGGCCCCUGACGCUCAUCUACUUCUUCUCGCUGGUGCAUGGGCUGACUCUGGCCGGCACAUCCAACAACCCGUGCGGCUUGCUGAUGCAGAUGCUGCUGGGGGCCAUGACCCCCUCAAUUGGGCUCCUUAAGCUGGGAGCCCAGCUCAUCGGGGCCCUGAGCAGCAAGCUGUGCGUCGUGGGCCUGUGGAACCUGGAGUUGGCCCGCUUCCAUGAUAGCGACAGGAGCUUCGUUUGCAGGAGCCCCAUCCAGGUGGACCUGGCCAAGGCCUUCUUCGUAGAGAGCCUCUGCUCCUUUAUCUUCCACAGCGCCCUGCUGCACUUCCAGGAGGUCCGCGCCACGCUGCGCAUCCACCUGCUCUCGGCGCUAAUCACCUUUUUGGUCUAUGCAGGAGGAAGUCUGACCGGAGCUGUAUUCAAUCCAGCUUUGGCACUUUCACUACAUUUCAAGUGUUUCGGUGAAGCCUUUUUUCAAUUUCUUAUGAUAUAUUGGCUGGCUCCUUGUUUAGCCCUGCAAGCUACCGAGAGUAUCCCGCCCACAUGGCAAGCUACCUAUGGCGUAUUGAAUAUGCCAAAAACAGUAGCAACGAGUCUCACAAUGGAGACGUUACUGGUGCCUGCUCGAGCAAAUCGAUGAACAACAAACGAGAUGACAGUGCUACAGUGCCAGUGCUACAUAGAAACCAUCACCAUUCCUUGAUAUUAUUUAGCUGUUUUAACAAUAUAACUGCAAAAAACUGAGGAAACCUGGCUGUCUACUGUCAAUGCCUUUCCUUUUAGCUUCAUCAGAGCUUUGUUUCUUUGGAAAGGGCUUCACUCCAUCCAUCACCCUGUCUAAUGUCCUUCCAUUUCUUUGCUCUUAAGCCUCUUAUGUAGCCUCUUUGAAUGACUCUUGUAAAAACCAUUUCUUCUUAUCACUCAAACCAGCAAGUUUGAGUGACCUUCCACUUCCCUCCUCCCCUGCACCCUCAUUCUUACCUACCCUGCUCAAUACACUCUGUAGGCUUACACACAAAGAAUAACACAGAAAACCAGGGUCUCUGGGACCCACUCAUGAUGCUCAGGGAUAAUUCCUGGUGGUACUCAAAGGCCCUAUGUGGUGACCUAGGGUCACUUGUGGCAAGGCCAGUACCUUAAACCCCAGAACUAUCUCUCUUGCUCUGGCCCCAAAAACCUAAAUUUUAAAAUGUUGCUGUUUUCAAUUCUAUAGAUUGUUUAAAGAUCAAUUUUCUCUCUUUUUUAAUUAAAAAGAAAUAUAAAAGGUCAUUAAUUAGACAGCUUUAAAGUUUUAUUUUGGGGGGUUUGGGUCCACACUAGUCUGUUCUCAGGGCUAAUUCCUGGCUCAGGGAUCACUUCUGGUGAGGUUUAGGGGGACUACCUGGGGUGCCAGGGACCAAGCCCACGUCAGUGCACAUGCAAGCCAGCACAUUACCCAUAGUACCAUCUCUCUGAGUUAGAUGGGAAAAUAAUAUUUUUUUAAAAAAACACUGUAUAAUUAACAUUAUGUAUUUGUAAAUGUGGACUGGAACAAUAGCACAGCAGAUAGGGCAUUUGCCUUGCACACGGCCGACCUGGGUUCGAUUCCUCUGUCCCUCUCAGAAAGCCUGGCAAGCUACCGAGAGUAUACCACCAGCACAGCAGAGCCUGACAAGCUACCCGUGGCAUAUUCGAUAUGCCAAAAACAAUAACGACUGUUACUGGUGCCCGCUCGAGCAAAUCGAUGAGCAAUGCGAUGACAGUGACAGUGACAGUGAUUUGUGAAUGUACUCCAACUACUGUCUUAACAACAGGCUCAUAAUACAAAGGAAUCACUUUUGCUCACUGCUUCAAAAAACCCUAUAAGGAGGCAUUUACAGAAGAAUUGGGGUAUUCUCAAAGUGCUCAGGGCUCUGAGGCCACUCCAGUAACAUUUGGCACCUGAUACAGGCCUUGCUUCUGGCAGUGUUCAGGUGCCACAUGGUGCAGAAAUAGAACUCAUAGCCCAAUGUAACACAAGACCUGCAGUUCUGCGAAUGAUCCCUGACUCCUGCUUAGCACAAAGGCUAAGACCUGUGUGAGACCCUGGUUUAAAUGUCUAGCAUUGCCCCCCCGCCCCCCAGAAUCAGAAUGAUGUUCCUGGGGGUCAGAAACUUUUCAUUAAACACAUUUUCUAGCUCAAAUCACUUACAACUACUUUGUGGCAGAACAUGAUAGGAAAAAAGGGCCAGUAACUGCUCUGUUAGACUGUGUGCAAUCAGGGUCAAAGAGCACUCAGCAGGCCCAAGGCUGAAUCUUUAGAAGCCCAGUGACUCCCGAGCAGUACUAGGUAUGGCCCCAAAACAACAAAAUCCAAACCAACAAAAAGAAAGCACACAGGGGCUGGAACGAUAGCACAGCGGGUAGGGCCUUUGCCUUGCACGCGGCCUACCUGGGUUCUAAUCCCAGCGUCCCAUAUGGUCCCCUGAGCACCACCAGGGGUAAUUCCUGAGUUAAGAGCCAGGACUAACCCCUAUGCAUCGCCGGGUGUGACCUAAAAACCGAAAAAAAAAAAAGAAAAAAAAAGAAAGCACACAGAGCAGAGCAGAGUGUAGUGGGGGUCUCCUGUAGGAAUGUUAUAUUUUCUUCACAGCUGUAUGGUCCACCUGACAUUACUUGUAGUCCCUGUAACAUUUGAAAGAUCCACUUACCUGGUAACAAUCCAAAUACCAGAAAAAAGAACAAGAGCAAAUGCACUUUUAGUCACUUACUUUAUUCCCCCAAACACUGCCAAAGGUCCUGCCAGCCUGAAUAUGAGGGAGGAAGAUCUACUUACUCACAGUAUUGGGUAUGGCCUCAUGAUAUUUAAUCCAAAUAUGGAUUAAACACUUUUGCAACUAUAUAUGCUCCUACUUGGUUUGUUGAAAAUGAGCAUUCACGGGCAGUUUCUUGGCUUAAACAUCUUGGUACUAUUUUUCCUGCAUAGAGCUAAUAUGAUAUUUCUUAUUGUAGCUUUUGGUUUACAGGUAUGUAAUAUGAUAUGUAAUAUAUGUAAUAUAAUAUGAUAGUAAUAUGUAAUAUGUAAUAUAAUAUCAUAAUGUAAUAUGAUGUGUAAUGUAAUAUGUAAUACAAUAUAUUCAUUAUAGCUUUUGGUUUACA